ACUUACUUCAAUCACAUCAACUGCGGGUAUCUUUCUAGGAGUACGCACUGAACCCGAUCUCGCAUAAUUUCUCUCCGUGGCUUUUGUGUUCCGAGUUUUAUCGUUUUCGUAUAUUUUAGCGUUUGAACAUUACGCAUUUACACAUAAUCAUGAAAGAAAGAAGAAACACUCAGCCGAUGGUGGUGAGAUGUAAACUGGUGCUUGUUGGAGAUGUCCAAUGCGGAAAAACGGCAAUGUUACAAGUGCUGGCGAAGGACUGCUAUCCCGAGACAUAUGUACCCACCGUAUUUGAGAACUACACCGCUUGUCUGGAACUCGAGGACCAGCGGGUAGAGUUGAGCUUGUGGGACACAUCAGGCUCCCCCUACUACGACAACGUGCGCCCCCUCUGCUACAGCGAUUCGGACGCCGUGCUCCUGUGUUUCGACAUCAGCCGCCCCGACAUCGUGGACAGUGGCCUGAAGAAGUGGAGGACUGAGAUCAUGGACUUCUGCCCCAACACACGGAUCCUGCUCAUUGGCUGCAAGACGGACCUGCGCACAGAUAUCUGCACGCUCAUGGAGCUGUCCAAUCAGAAGCAGACACCCGUUACUUACGAGCAGGGCUCAGCCUUUGCUAAGCAGCUGGGUGCCGAGGCCUACCUGGAGUGCUCGGCCUUCACCUCGGAGAAGAGCAUCCACAGUGUGUUCCGCACGGCGGCGCUGGCCUGCCUCAACAAGCUGCAGCCGCUGCCCAAGCCCAGUCCCACCCGCCGCCUGUCCAAGCGCCUGCUGCACCUGCCCAGCAAGUCCGAGCUGCUCACCUCCACCUUCAAGAAGGAGAAGGCCAAGAGCUGCUCCGUCAUGUGAGUGGGGUGGCGGCGCAGGACCAAGACAGAAAAACAACAACAACGAGUCAGAAAAUAAAUGUCAACCCCCCCCCCCCGCCCAGCAGUGGCUUCCCCUGCACUGUUUGAUUUGGGGAAGGGGGGGUGGGUGGUUUAUGAUGGCCUCAUCAUACACCAUGUGAAGGGUUCUGUGUUGACUCUUUUUUCCACCCCCCCAAGGGAAAAAAAUGUGUAAAGAAACAAAAGUCCUUCAGGACAAGUGGACACCCUGUUGUCCACAUUGUCCUGAAUCUUUUCAGUGCAUAUCUGCUGUAUUUUGUUUUGUUCUUACUCUCCCUCUCUCUCUCUCUCUCUCUCUCUCUCUUUAU